UGUAUUGUCUUUAUGUCAUUAAAUCCCACAGAAAUAAAUACAUAAUAGCUUAUAUGAAACAUAUUAUAUGGGAUUUAAUUUAAUCUAAUUUUGUGAAGGUGAAGAAAUGUUUUAAAGGUUUCAGGCUCUAUUUUGUGCCCUGUUCGUGGAAAGUACUUCUUUCCGUUAUAUUAAACCUAGUGUGUUGAAUGAAUCGCCACAACUGUCCUGCUAAACCACAAAAAAAAUGUGAAAGAUAGGGGAAAAAAGUUCGAGAGUCAAAUAUUUCCCACAAUGCUUUGCUCCUACGAGGACCUGGUUUAGGGAAUGCCUGAUCUGGGAUCAGGUUGCCGCGAGGAGGGAGAGCUCCAGAGACAGUUGAUCAGGGAUCAUGCGAAGGGGCGGUUAAAGUUACAUUUUUUUUAAAAAAAAUCUCAUCAAUAUGCGUCUGAACGCAAGAUUUGUUUUGCGACGCUAGUACAACUUUUUGAAUCUGAAAAUAAAGUAAGCUGGUCUAGGAUCAGGCAGUUGGAAGUUAUGGAUCCGAAACAGCUGAUCUGAGAUCAGGUAGCGAGGAGGAUCCAGCGAGAUCUGAUCUCGGAUCAGAAGGACGUUGAGGGCUGGGUUGGGUUGGACAUAUUCAGCUGGUAAAAGUUUUCUUGCGCUUUUCUCGGGGAGUAAUUUGAACGGUGCGCACGGGGAGCGCUAAUUAAUCAUCGAAAACCGUUCGUAAUGUUCGACUAGACACUCAAACAAUCGACCCGUUCGCUGAACGCAAACUAAUCGCCUGUGUGUUUAUGGUUUCAAUCUGUAGCCAUGAUGACUCCAAAGUAGCUAUCGGGCUAAACGCUGCGAAAUGGACUCGGUUUUUAGUGUCAGUGCGAAUCUAGAUCCGGAUUUCAGGAUGAAGCCGACGUCUAACCGGUCCGGAAUCGUGUCGGAUUAACGAUGCUCUCUAGAAAGAAGAGUAAAAACGAAGCGUCCAAGCCAGCAGAAGUUCAGGGCAAAUAUGUGAAGAAAGAAACGUCCCCGCUGCUGAGAAAUUUGAUGCCAUCGUUUAUCCGGCAUCCAACAUUUCUUCGCCGCGAGCCGCCGUUAGUGGAGCCAGCUCCAGCCGGGGUGUCUGGUGCAGGUCCAUAUUCCUCCGGAUCCGUUGGGGAUGUUAGCGUCCCCAAAAGUUUCCUGCGCAACGCCCCUCCACGGACCCCCCUCGAGGUGUCGCGCAGGGAGAGUCACCGGCUGUCGGCGCCACCUCACCUUCAUCGUGACUACUCUCCUUCCUCACCCUCUUACAUGAGCGACGCUGGUUCAGUAACAGAGAACGGAGACGGCGGCCCGUUUUACUACCCUCCAGAGCCCUACUACAAUAACCAACCCAGGCGAGCGCGCAGACCAGACCACUUUAAUGAGAACUACAGGUACUACGAGCACAAUGAACUUGGCUACCCACAAAACCCAGGACAGCCUCAGACGCCCCAGCCGCACAGUCGCCCACCCCCAGCAAUCGGCCGUGUGCCAGCAAAGUCGGUGGGUAAUCUGACGACCGUGAGCGGGGAGGAGGCGGCUCUUCCUCCUGGCUGGACUGUUGAUUGGACAAUUCGAGGCAGGAAGUACUACAUCGAUCACAACACAAACACCACUCAUUGGAGCCAUCCGCUGGAGAGAGAGGGGCUUCCACCGGGCUGGGAGAGGGUGGAGUCAGCAGAGUUUGGAGUGUAUUACGUUGACCACAUCAACAAACGUGCCCAGUACAGACACCCCUGCGCACCCAGUGUUCCACGCUACGACCAGCCCCCUCCCCCUCCAGUCACCUACCAGCCCCGCCCACCAGAGCGCAACCAGCCCGUACUGGUACCAGCGAACCCGUACCACACAGCCGAGAUCCCAGACUGGCUGCAGGUGUAUGCCAGAGCCCCUCUAAAGUAUGACCACAUCCUGAAGUGGGAACUCUUCCAGUUGAUGGAUCUGGACACGUAUCAGGGGAUGCUGAAGCUGCUCUUCAUGAAGGAGCUGGAGUGUAUCGUUAAAUCCUACGAGGCAUAUCGACAAGCACUGCUCACCGAACUGGACACGCGCAAACAGCGGCAGCAGUGGUAUGCCCAACAACCAGCCAAAAACUUUCCUUCUAACAUGUGACUUGUAUGAGACACACCCAAACUCCAGCCCUACCAGUGCCUUAGCUGCUGAUGCAGACUCUCAUUUACUCCCCUAAACAGCUCCAAAUAUAAGCCCAAAGAGAGACGCCACACAGAGCCUGUUGGGAACUGUACACUAUUACUCCUAUAUAUCCUCAUCAGCCAUUGUACGGCUGUGUCUAUGCUUGGUUUUGACUGUGUUGUGAAUGUGUUUGCACAUGUUGAGAGUGUGUUUCUUUGUGCAUGUCAGGACUGUGAGGACUUGUUCCUUCUGCAUUGUCUUUUUGGACAAUCACAACUAUCAGUUAUCAAUAUUUUAUUGUUUAAUCAGAAUCUUAUAGUUUUGCUUUUAGGGUGAAUCUCAUCAAAGUCAUCCAGGUCACGUUUCACCAAAAAAAAAAAAAAAAAAAAAGUUUGCAUUAAAAAAUGAAGCUUAAUUUAGGGUCGUUUAAAUCAGCAUAAAGGAACGGCUUUACAUCAAAUACGAUCAUGAUGUUGACUUUGCGAUUUAAAUACAUUAUCAAAAGCGCUAGUUUUUGCAUUACAGUGUUUUUUUUCCCAUAAAAAAUAAUGCAAUAAUCUUUGUGUUGCUUCAUUUUCUUCACAUAAAAUUGUUUCUUGGGGGUUUUUUUGGGUGGGUGAAAUAUGACACGGACAUUUCUUUGAGGUUCAUCCUUUAAGCUUUAGGUGGAUUCCUUUAAGGAAUUUGCUUCUUAUAUUUAAAGAUGAAACUUUCAGGAGGAGGCGUCACUUUGUAUGAAGUGAUUGAGCCUGCUGCAUUCAAGAGCUUAUUGCCUGUAUUUUUCAGUUAUGUCUGUUUGUAAAAUCUAUUUUGAGCAGCAACACUAAAUAAACCAGGACCUUGUGUUGUGUA